GGGGAGAUUUGAGUUAUGACAUUAGCCCACGCAAGCUUCCACAUCCGCUUAUCCUUCACCUGCCCUUCAGCUCCGCCCUCCGGUUGGCUCUCCCGUCUCACCCGGUCCCUGUGCGCCUGCCGCCCUGCCAACCACCGGUACAGUCAACAUGGUUCAUCCACCCAAGCUGUAGGCGACGAUAAAGACACCUCUCCGUUUUCAACUGAAUCCAGAAACAAAACACUGCCAAAAGUUACUGCUAGAGGGACUGUGAAGAUGUCAUUCACCACCGCUGUCCAUCUCCUGGCACUGGUGGCAAUAUGUGACCAGGUUAAAUCUCAGCGCAUCAACUUCUACAAUGUCAAACCUCCUGUGGAAGCCACUCCAUUCCCUAAGAGCUUCAAGUGCUUCACCUGUGAGAGAGCUGCGGACAACUACACCUGCAACCGCUGGGCUGAGGACAAGUGGUGUCCACCGAAUAGCCAGUUCUGUAUGACAGUGCACCACUUCACCAGUCACGGCAAGACCAAGUUUGUAACCAAGAAGUGUGCUGCUCGUGAGGAGUGUCAUACGUCUGGCUGUCGACACCACAGAGACACGGGUCACACUGAGUGUGUGUCUUGCUGUGAGGGUAUGAUCUGCAACGUGGAGGUCCCUACCAACCACACCAAUGCUGUGUUUUCCAUGAGGCAGCAGGCCUACAGCUCAGCCCCAUCCCAGACUCCUGUUAGGACGAUGUUACUGUCCACUCUGGGCCUGGGGCUGACCAGGCUGGUCCUACUGUGAAACUACUGUCCCUCAGACCAGGUCCCUAUAGAGAGGACCAGACUGGACCAGACCAACAUGUCCCUCAGACCAGGUUCCUAUAGAGGAGACCAGACUGGACCAGACCAACAUGUCCCUCAGACCAGGUUCCUAUAGAGGAGACCAGACUGGACCAGACCAACAUGUCCCUCAGACCAGGUUCCUAUAGAGGAGACCAGACUGGACCAGACCAACAUGUCCCUCAGACCAGGUUCCUAUAGAGGAGACCAGACUGGACCAGACCAACAUGUCCCUCAGACCAGGUUCCUAUAGAGGAGACCAGACUGGACCAGACCAACAUGUCCCUCAGACCAGGUUCCUAUAGAGGAGACCAGACUGGACCAGACCAACAUGUCCCUCAGACCAGGUUCCUAUAGAGGAGACCAGACUGGACCAGACCAACAUGUCCCUCAGACCAGGUUCCUAUAGAGGAGACCAGACUGGACCAGACCAACAUGUCCCUCAGACCAGGUUCCUAUAGAGGAGACCAGACUGGACCAGACCAACAUGUCCCUCAGACCAGGUUCCUAUAGAGGAGACCAGACUGGACCAGACCAACAUGUCCCUCAGACCAGGUUCCUAUAGAGGGGACCAGACUGGACCAGACCAACAUGUCCCUCAGACCAGGUUCCUAUAGAGGAGACCAGACUGGACCAGACCAACAUGUCCCUCAGACCAGGUUCCUAUAGAGGAGACCAGACUGGACCAGACCAACA